CCGCAGGGACAGCCUUGCACUGCAGAUUUGCCGACAGUGCUAUGGCGGCCAACGAGAGUGACAAUGUUGUCACAACAAACAAGCUGAUGAUCAUCCUCAGAAAAUUUGACCAGGAGGGUUCGGGCACGAUUUCCAGAAGUCAAUUCGAACAGAUUCUGCGCACUGUUCUUCGUGCGUCCAGCAAUUCUGAUGAGAUUCUGUACAAAGAAGAGGUGGACGAGUUCUGGGCAUACUUUUCAAAGCGUGAGGAUGGCGACGUUGAGAAAAGUGAUUUAGUCGAUUGGAUCUUGAAACCCAGCACGCCUCUGAUGCUUACAGAGUCCGGGAAUUUGGCCUUCUUUGACCUCAAAUCUGCACUUCAACCUCUUUUCCAGGCUUACAACCAGAACGGGGACGGCUUCAUCUGCUUGCAGGAGUUCAUGGAUGCACAUGGCAUUCUUCAAAUCGCAUUGCGUAUGAACCCCACAGCAGAAGAAGAAGAUCCUCCAGUUUUACGAGGAGAUCUUCACAACUGUUUUGUGCACAUUGGUGAUGCUGACAAGCGCUUGACGUUUGAGAAAUUUGUUCGCUGGCAACGCCUUGCGUUGAUUCAAUCUGCCUUGUCUCCAGACUCAAUGACGAGGCUCCUCAAGAAUGUGGCCAAACAAAUUCAACGUGUCUUUAAGCUUACUUCCGAGAAGCAUUGUGAGCUGACCGAGUCAGACAGGUUGGUGCUAAUUCGGAUCCUUUCGCACUUAGCCCAAUUCAGCCGUGAGCUGUGGGGAGCUGGUCAUUUUGCAUCGAAGGGCAAGACCUUCUUCGAAAAUAAGUGGAUACCUCCGUUCGUGGGAAUGAACGUUGACCACCUGAAGGAGGUCUUUUUGCAUGAUUUCAACUACAGCCGCAUGCGAUUUUCAGCAAAGAUUGUGAAGCGCGACUGGGAUAUCCUUUGCAUUCCUGGACUUCCUGGCCGACACCAAGAUUGGCUAGCAAGGGCAAGGCUGAAAAACACCUUGAGAAGUGCCAGAUUCGAUGAUGAACGGGGAAAACAAGAAGAGGAUCAGCUUGAGGAAGGACACAUACGCGAGGUGGUCGAUGAGCAGUGUUACAUCUUCGAUCGGGAACAUUUCACAUGGGCCUUAGCAGAAGAGAGUCUCUUUGAGAAGGCGCUCGAGGCCCUGUCGCCCGAAGUGAAGCUUUUCGCCAUAUUGAAAACCAUGGCAAACUUUGGACAACGACUUUCUUGGCCUCAGCUGCAGUUGGCCUUGUCCCAAGCUGUGCAAUUGGACGUCAUCAGCCAGGUGCAGCUGGGCAAGUGCAACGACAAGUUGGAAGAAUGGGUCCUGAAGGGAAUGGACGCUGAAGGAUUCUGGUGCACACGUGAAACUUUGACAAAAGUGAGGGAGGAUUUGCAUACGUCCCCAAGUCAAAUCAUGGGAAUUUUCGCUGAGAUUGGAGCCUUUGCUGUGACCUCGAUUUGGGCAGAUUUCAUGGACACUGAGAAGUGAAAGCUUCCGAAGGUGAAGUCCAACGUGCUUGAGGUGAAUGGCGAAUCCAAGCUGUUUGAGUUCGAAAAUUCCAAGCCACGUUCUUCCCGAACGCCUUUCUUCGCUUUUGCGACAGAAAUGCCGACGCGUCGGAGUUCGCUCGAUCAGAAACCACUCGAUCAGGACCGUGCUUCGCCCCAAGAUCCGUGCUUCGCCUGACGUCCGAUUUCACCGAAUCGCACCAGAAUUGAGGCUGACAAUGAAGCAGCAAACAAAAAGGAGAAAAAAAA